CAGAGUGUUGGAUCUGCAUGUGAGUUUCCUCAUGGCAUCAUUGACCUGUUGAGAUAAGUGCCAGUUUUCUACCCAUAAUAUUAAAAAAACUGCAUGUUAUAGUAAUUUAUUCACAUAAUUCUUUUAAUUAACUUCCAACUGAAAAGAUAUUGCAUUUAUCUUCCAGGAGUUUGCAAAUUAGCUUAUAGCUUGGAUUUGUUUCCAUUUUGAUCUGUCUCUUGGUGGCUUUGUAUUACCUUUCAUUCAUAAUCUUGGGUCUUGAAUGUUGUUCUGGAAUUGCUUCGGUAGAAACCAUGAUAAAGUUCAGAGUUAAUUCAGUUGAGCAUAAUAUGCUGGAUUUCUUCUUGGCUUUUUUAGAAGUUAUUUGAAGAGAGCAUUGGAAUUUGUACAGGUAUUUUCUGUCAGCUUUUGAUUCUAUCCUUUUCUACUUCUAUGGCUUCAUUUCUAAAAAUAUAGAUGCCGUGUUCUCUUCUGGUCAAUUAUAAGCAUAAAAUUGGUCCACGGCUCUUACCUGCUUCCCUGUCUGAAAAUGGCUGGGUGCUGACUAGGUGGCCAGACGCUUUGGACCAGGACCACGAUUACUUUUCCCAUAACAAAAAGGGAAAAAGGAAAUUCUGAAUAAUAAUUGUCUGCUUCUGGUGGUGGUUUUACUUAAUUCAAUUCGUGUAGAUUAAGCAUGCAAGGACUUUUUCCAGUUUCUGCCUUAUUCUCUACGCAGGUACAAGCCAUCUUAAUGGUGGCUUUUAUCUAGACCGUCUACUUAAUGGUGGCUCUGGAAGGUACUAUUAUCUCACAAUCUAAAUUUUAUUUGAAGUGGGUUUUGUGACUUAAAUCAAGUGAUUGAUCCCAAGACAAAAGCAAGAGUUAAUAAUUAAUUCGCUAGGAACCAAGAUAGAUCCCUCUGUUACAAAAUAUGAUUUAAAAAAGAAAAUACGCCUGUUUAAGCAUUGGAAUUCUUUUCAAAUAUUUUUAGAGGAUAGCUUAAUUAAUCUACAUGAAACCUUAGAAUGCAAAAUCAGUUCUACCAAUUAUAAUCCCAUGUUUUUGGUUCAAUUUGGUGGCCUUAAUUGUAUUUUUUGUAUUCCAAUAAUAUGGUAAAUUACUAAUUCUUGAUACUCUAUGCAGUUUUAUGAACAAAUAUAUGGGACAAUAGAAUAACAGUAAUAGUAUUUU